AUGUCAUCGCCAGGCCGCAUCAUGUCGGGCCAUGCCAUCACUGAUUCAGCGUCCGAGUGGGAGGCUGCACGGAAGGAGCUGCUGGCGGCGGAGAAGGAGGCGACGGCGGCGCUUGCCAAAGUUGCCGAGCAGCGGCGCGCACUGCCGUGGCUCCGUGUUCGGCCAUCGGGCAAGGGCUCGGCUGAUACCGAGAACGAUUAUGUGUUCCAGACGGCCGAGUCCGGCACAGAUGUGACGCUCAAGCAGAUGGCAGCCACUACGCCGACGGGAUCGCUCCUGAUCUACCACCUCAUGUUCGACGCCGACUGGGAGAAGCCGUGCAGCUCGUGCUCGAUGUGGAUUGACUGUCUCAACGGCAUCUACCCGCAUCUCCUGCAAAAGACUGCCGUGGUCGCUGUCGCUGUUGCGCCGCCGGACAAACUGCGCGCUUUGGCCGAGGCCAAGGGCUGGUCCAUUCCGCUUGUCUCGUCGCUCAACUCUGCGUUCUCUUGCGACUUUGGCGUCCGCUUCACCCCCGAGCAGGUCGCCGACGGUGCGCUGGCCUACAACUACGGGCGCAAGGCGUUUGUCUCGGUCAUGCCGGGCUUUUCAGUCUUCCAACUCGAGCCAGCCGACGAUGACGGCGAGAUCUUCCACACCUACUCUGCAUACGCCCGUGGCCUUGAGCCACUCAACGCCGUCUGGGGCGUGCUUGACUCGCUCCCCUUUGGCCGCAACGAGGCCAAGGGUAUGGAUUGGACCAAGCACAAGAGUGAGUACGACGUCGUUACUAUCGAGUCGGCCAAGCUGUCGUGA